UGUCUCCGCCAUGCGCAGCUCGGCGUCUGAAGGGAAGGGCGGAACCGCGCUGACCUGGCCUGCUUUUCUAAUCACCCCUGCUGGGCGCACAGGUCUGCCGAGCAACGGGCCGCGGGCGCCGGAGGGGCAGAGCGGCCGCCUGUUCCCAUUUCAGGGAACUGCUCUGGACUGAAGGCAAGCGUGUCCACCAGGCGGUCAACACCGAGGCAGACGGACGCGCUCCACCAUCGCGGCCCCGCCCCGGCCUGAGGCAGCCGGUCUGUCCCAGGCCCUCUAGACAGAAAGGCCAUUUCUCCUUCACGCACGCCGAGGCCUUUGCUCUUUUCAUCGCUCCAGGGCGGACUGCAGUGUACCAGUUGAACCGUGUACUUCCAACGCGCUCGUUCCUCCGACCCAGCCAGCAGGCGGCACUGCGCACGAGCGCCGGGGAGGGCGGUGCUUCCGGCCCGCGGGCGCGGAACCCGGCGGUCGCGGAACCCGGCGGGCGCGGCGCGCUUUUCCGCCCGGCGGCCGGCGCGGCGGACCAGCUUCCGGGAGGCUGCUUGUGCGGUGGCUGGAGAAGAUGGGGAAAGUGCGGGGGCUGCGGUCCCGCGUGCACCAGGCAGCCGUGCGGCCCAAGGGCGAGGCCGCGGUCGGCCCCGCGCCCCCCGCCCCGCGCCCGGAGGCCGCCCUGCCGCAGGCCUCGGCCGGUGGCGCGGGGGCAAAGGACUGGGCCUUCGUCCACACUGACGUCUUUGCCAGGACCCAGAUAGACCCCCGUGCUUUGGUGCAGAGGCUGGAGCUGGACCAGAGGAGCAUCACCUCCCUCAGGAAAGGUGCUGAGGCAAAGGCCAUUUUGCCCAAGAAGGAGAAGCUGAGGCUGCGUCGGGAGCGCUGGUUGCAGAAAAUUGAAGCCCUGAAACUGGCCGAGCAGAAGCUCAAGGAGGAGCGGAGACGGAGGGCCACAGCUGUGGUGGGGGACCUGCACCCCCUGAGGGAUGCCCUGCCGGAGCUUCAGGAGCUGGAGGCAGGCAGCCGGCAGCACACGAGAGGGGUGAGCAGCAAACCCAGGCCGGCUGAGCUCAGCCGCAUGAGCGCAACCCAGAGACGGCAGCUGCUGCUCUCCCUGGGGACCUGCACAGCCUGUCCUGGAGCCACCAGCUGUGUUCUCAUGUGGGGUUUGCACUUGGUCUCCUUUGUCAUCCCCGGGCACCUGGCUGGAGCGCGGACUGCAGAGCUCUCCUGGAGGGUGGCACACCAUGCUGGGCUGGAGAGAAUGGUGAAGAAGAAAGGACCCGGUUUCAGAAGCUGCUGGCCAGCCCAGCCUACAGAGCCAGCCCCCUGCUGGCCAUAGGGCGGCAGCUGGCUCUCCAGAUGCAGCUGGAGGGUGGUGACCAGCUUUGACCAGGACAGUGGUGUGCUGUGAGCUCGGAUGGACACACAGGUGGACACAGGCACCCACAGAGGGCUGGCUGCUCUCAGACUGUCCCCCAAGCCUAGAUGGACAUCCUCCCCCAGGUCUUUGAAGAGCAGUCUUGAGAAUAAAUGGAGGACUUCAUGGAAUCCUUCCUCCAUAUCCUUCUCAUAGGUCCUUCUCAUGGUCCUUCUCAUGGGUCCACUUCCACUUCGGAAUCUCUCCUGCAUUUCCUGUGGCUGGGCAGACCCUAGGACAGUUGCCCAAUCCCCUCAGGACAAGCCACGCCCCCUGUGAUGGCCACCAGUGGCUUGCGGAGCCUGCACUCACUGCCUGACCAUCACAAGCAGCUCCCGGCGGUGCCCUCCUGUGGCCACAGCACAUCUGGAGGAGUCUCGCUGCAGCCACCUGAUCCAGGGAGGGCCCUGGGCACAGGGCCUGCUUGGCGAGCUCUUGCACGGCUCGGUUGCUUUGGGGCUGCCGCAGUCCUGGGCUCUCCCGUGCCAGCCACACCCUCCCUGCCUCCCGGGGCCUCCCCUCCGCGGGGCUCCUCGGCGACUCUCCACCAGACCGGCUCUGACCUGGGGUGCAGAUGCCUUGCACUCGGGCUGCCCAGUAGGGCUGGUGCCUUCUCUGGACAGGAAUAGAUGAGCCAGCAGACAGGCCUGUCGGUACCACACCCAGUGUGGCUCGGUGGCCGGUGGCAGGUGACUGUCUUCUUCAUGCUUUUUGGUAUAGCCUGAGGUCUUUCCUAGGGAACCUGUGUUCAAAAUGUGCUGUUUUAAGAGAAAACCUAUGGCUUCCUGGUCUUCAGAUGACUUCCGUCCAACCUGGCUGUCCUGGCACAUGGCCACUCUCUGGCGAAGCAUCUCUCAGGGGCAGGGGCCCUGGCUCCUGCCUGGGAACAGGGCUGCCUUUGGGGUCCUAUCUGGGAGAGCAAACCACAGGCUGGGAAACCAGCCUCCAGCGUGCUGGGAGCAAGGACAGGAGCCAGGGCCGCGGGGCACUCGCAGGAGAGGAGCCGGGUGGCAUUCCCCUGGCCUGCGGCCUCCAGCCGCCCAACGGACGCUGCCUCCCGCUACACAGGAGCUGGGACCCCAACAGCCAGUGUUGUGCUGCUGGGGCACCUCGUGGAGGCAGGGUCUCUGGGCAGGACAGGCCGCCCGUUCUUCCCCAAGCAGCAGGCGCUUCCCUGUAUGGAGGGCACUGGAGCCUGAGUGUGGCUGCAGGACGAGUCCUGGGUCACCUCCGUCUUGUGAAAGGACGCUGAGGUGCUGCCUGGUGGCUCGCUGCUCCUCGAUUCCUCCACCUGGGUCCUGGGUGUCUGGAGCAGGUGAAAGCCCCUGGGCCCGCAGGGCCAUGGUGCCUGCAGAGCCGCAGACCCUGCCCCAGCGCCUCAGCGCUCCCUCGCUGGCCCACCCAGGGACCUGGAGAGUGGCGCCCUGACCCUCCAGAGUCCUGGUGCUGUGGGGAGGUCAGGCGUGGGGUCCUCUGAAGGGGUGUCGGGACCCUAGCCCUCCCCUCCCUGUCGCCUCCCAACACAGGCCUGAAGCACAGCCGGUGACCACAGAACUGCCCGACAGAAUGGCCCCUCAAGUCCUUCUCCUGGUAUUUUGUCAGCAGUGGCCAGCCGGCUGCUGCCUGCCUGGAGGAAGGGCCAGUGCCAGUCGGGGGCUCCAGGCAGGCCCAGGCCACCGCCCCAGGCCCCAUCACCCGCUUGUCCUGAACUGGACUUGCCUGCCCUUUGCAAGGAGCCUGUGCAGGUCUAGGGUAGGGGGCGAGGGGACCAGGGCCCAGCAGCCCCAGACCUCGCAGCUGCACCCAGCACCCCAACACGAUCCCCAGGAAGGAGUCUCCGCCCAUCAGGCCCUUCCCGCUGCCAUAGUCCAGCCUGUGCCUGGGCCUGUAUCUCAGCAGACCUCCCAUGCCAAACCGCCCUGGGACUGCGGUGGCCAGUUACAGACGCUCUCGGCUUUGGCAGGGUCCCGUCCCAGUAAGCCCCUUGUGCAUGGCAAAUGCCAAGGUUAGAACGGCAUUUAGCACCCAGCUGGCAACCUUGGCAGGAUGCAGCACAAGCUCUCCUGCGGCUGCGGAGUGGGCCCGCGGCACACGCAGCUGGACGGGGCUGGGGCCACGGUGCGCCCAGGAGCCAGCCGCCCUCCCUGCUCUGGCUCCUGGUGUUGCUGGCAACCGGGGUGUCCUGUGGCUGCAGCCGCAUCCCUGUGUCUGUCCGCUCCCCGUGACCUCAUCUUCACUCAUGUCUGCACGGCUCCCGUUCCCAGGUUCGGUCGCAUUCUGAGGUCCUCUGUGGGGGUGGAUCUUGAGAUGUCCUUGGGUCGGGGUGUCUUUUCCUCCUGACGAUCGAACCCAGGGCGCUUUACCCCUGAGCCGCACCCAGCUCUUAUUUUUCGAGACAGGGUCUUGCUAGGGCUGAGUCUGACCUGGGACUUUUGAUCCUGCCUCAGCCCCUGGGAUUGCAGGUGUGCACCACCGUGUCCAGUGGGCACUGAGGUUUCAGAGGCCUCUGUCCCUGCUGGUGACACAUGGCAUCAUGGGGCAGAGAGGAAGGGUGCUGAUGAGCGCUGGAGAGGACCUGCACGGGGCAGAGCUGGGCUUGGGGCUGUAGGAAGGGGCCCUGCAGAGGGGCUGGGCUGGGCUGGGAGGCAGGGGCUCCACCGCUGGCCGCAGCAGGGCUCCCUCCUCGAGGUUGAGCGAGAAGCUCACCUCCCUGCCCUUCCCCAGCACGCUCCGCUCCCGCACAUGGUGUACGGAAAGGUCCGGUGCUGGGUGUGUCCCUCCACUCCUGAGCACAGAUCCACAGUGUUGGGCACCUCCAGGGAAGGCGGCCUGGGGGAUCCGCUCUGACCUGGCUCCCUGUCCCCAGCAGCUCUCCCCUCAUCUCCAUUCGCUUAGAGCCAGGGCAGGGGUGCAGUGGGGGAUCCUGGAAGCAGCAGGAGGCACGUUGGAGGCAUGACCGCCCUGUCCACACUCUGGCUCGUCCAGCCUGGGCCACAGUAUGGCUGUUGAGUGAAGGCCUGUGAGAUGUCGGGGAACAGGUAGGCAGUGGCUCACAGCGCAGCUGGAGGUGGGCAAGACACCCACGCGGAUGUGGCUUCCAGCCUGGGGUCAGGCCUGGGUGGACACACCCAUGAGGCUCCUGUGCCGCUCGGGUGCCAAGUGCUGAACACAUGGCAGGCGUGUUGCUUCUGGAAUGUUCCUUACAUGGUGAUAACAUCAUCUGAAACCUUGGGAGGUGCUGGCUGCCUCCCAGACCCUGCCCUACUUCAAAGUCAAAGCAUCCUGGUUUGCCUGUGUUUUUCUUCUAAAGGUGUGAAAAUAAUAUGAGUUAAAAGAAUUAAGACCCACUCCUGGUG